GACACACGUGAGAAAGAUGAAAAAGAUAAAUAGAGGCGUGACAAUUUAGCUCUGCUCUCUGUCUUCUCUCUUCUCUGCAAACAAACAUUGCCACGCUCUCACUUGUUUCUGCAACUCCUCAACAAAACAGAAAAACAAACAGCGUUAGGGUUUUAAACUAAUCUCAACUUAAUUUAAACGGCUGCCUUCUGUUUCAGCUCAACCUAAGAAGUUUUGUUUUUUAAGAUGAGUGAUAGUGAGAUGGGUGGUGUCAAAGAAGAAAAGGGAAAAGAAGAUAAAGACCAUCAACUUGAAGCCAAAGACCCACCUUCUUCUCAACCAGAAAAUCCAGACUCUAUUGAGAAUGUUGAGGAUAGUGAUGUCAAAAGUGUUGGAUUAGCCACUGAUGAUAACCCUGCUUCCGUUGAUGACCAAACGCUUACUGAUGUUCAACCUUUUGACAAUGUGGAUGGAUUACAUGGCAAAGAUGAAGAUGCCAAAAUGGAGUCUGUGGAUAAAAAUGACAAGGCUGAUGAAUCAGUUGUUGAUAAUAAAGAUUUGGUUGAACCUGCUGCUGCUGCUAAAGCGGAGAAUGAUGUUGCAGCUGUUGAUGAAACUGCUAAUGAACUUUCUCAUAGCAAAGACGAUGGCGGUCAUGAGCCUCCAUCAAAUCAGCUAGAUUGUGUUGCAUCGGAUGUGAGGUAUUCAGAGAUAAAAGCUGAAAAUGAUGAGAAGGACCUGGAAUUGAAUGGAGUGGCUGAAAUGGAGUUGUCUCCGAGCAGUGAAGUUAAGGAGCCAAAUCCUCAUGUUGAUGUUGGGUGUGAAGUUGGUAUGAAAAGCUCAAACCUUUCCUUUCUUUAUGAACCUCCAGUUGCCGAGGGUGAUGAAUCAGGAACGGAGGAGGAGCAAGCAGCAUUUGUGAAGGAGGUAGAAAAUUUCUAUAAAGAGAGAAGCCUAGAAUUUAAGCACCCGAAGUUCUACAAAGAGGACCUGAAUUUGCUCAAGUUAUGGAGAGCUGUGAUCAAACUCGGUGGUUAUGAAGAGGUCACUUCAUGCAAGUUGUGGAGGCAAGUGGGAGAGUCAUUCAAUCCCCCAAAGACAUGCACCACUGUCUCCUGGACAUUCCGAAUAUUUUAUGAGAAGGCUCUACUCGAAUAUGAGAGGCAAAGAUUGCAAGAUGGUGAGCAUUCUUACCGUGAUGUUUCCCUUACAGAGCCCAGUAGGAUUGAGAGUCAGGCGGUUAGCUGUCAAGCUUUAGGAUCAGGCAGGGCUCGGAGGGAUGCUGCAGCUCGUGCUAUGCAGGGUUGGCAUUCUAAGCGUCUUCUUGGUAGUGGUGAGGUUUGUCAGCCAAUCAUCAAGGAAAAGAACUCAAGUUCUACGCCAAAGAGUGAUAGACAGAUUAAAAAUAUAGGUAUACUGAAGCGUAAAAAGCCGUCUAGUGUUGAGCGUACCGUUCAAGUUUCUACUAUGAAAGGAGCAAAUUCACAAUCGGAUACGAUGGUAAUUGAUAUUGGACCUCCUGCUGAUUGGGUGAAGAUUAAUGUACAAAAAACUAGUGAUUGCUUUGAAGUAUAUGCUUUAGUUCCUGGGCUUCUACGAGAGGAGGUGCAUGUUCAGUCUGAUCCAGCAGGACGCUUGGUUAUAUCUGGUCAGCCAGAGCAACUGGAUAAUCCCUGGGGUGUGACACCCUUUAAGAAGGUUGUUAGCUUACCUUCCAGAAUUGAUCCACAUCAAACAUCUGCAGUGGUUACUCUGCAUGGCCAGUUGUUUGUGCGUGUCCCAUUUGAGCAGUCAGAUCUGUAGAUUGUGGAAAUUGUUGUCCCUUUCCCCACAUACAAGGAUUUAUCCUUCAGCUUGGCUCCAAGAAGAUGAAACAAGCUAACAUCAAAUUAUCAAGUCUGAUUUUGCGGUGAAAGAAUACUUAACUAGGCAACAAUGGUGGUUGAAGGUCAAGCUUAUUUAAUGAAUGCUUCUAGUUAUGUUUAUAGUUGAGUAUCAUAGUUGGAUAGGUAUGGAAGAUUAUGGUUUUCCUUUUUCAAUGGAGAGAGGUAAAUAUGUAGAACACUGUAUCUUUUACCUUUCGGGAGGUAGUCUAUAUCUAUUCACUGCAAAUUCCUUCUUUCUAUUGCAUUUAGGCUUCUGUAUGUCAGUAACAUAAGUUUGAAAUAAACAAGUAACUUAUAUUUUAGAACACCUGUAUCACUCAUGUUGCAACUUCCUUCUUUCUAGUUGUUUGUUAAAUGUAUUUUCCUUUGUAUA